AGAGAGAGAGAGAGAGAGAGAGAGAGAGAGACAGAGGGAGAGAGAGAGACAGAGAGACAGAGAGAGAGAGAGAGAGAGAGAGAGAGAGAGAGAGAGAGAGAGACAGAGAGAGAGAGAGACAGAGAGAGAGACAGAGAGACAGAGAGAGACAGACAGAGAGACAGAGGAGACAGAGAGAGAGACAGAGGGACAGAGAGAGAGACAGAGGGACAGAGAGACAGACAGAGAGGACAGAGAGGACAGAGAGACAGAGACAGAGAGAGAGAGACAGAGAGAGAGAGAGAGAGAGAGGACAGAGGGACAGAGAGAGAGACAGAGAGAGAGGACAGAGAGAGAGAGAGAGAGAGAGAGAGAGAGAGAGAGAGACAGACAGAGACAGAGGGACAGAGAGAGAGACAGAGGGACAGAGAGAGAGACAGAGAGACAGAGAGAGACAGAGGGACAGAGAGAGAGACAGAGGGACAGAGAGAGAGACAGAGGGACAGAGAGACAGAGGGAUAGAGAGUCAGAGGGACAGAGACAGAGACAGAGAGAGAGAGACAGAGGGACAGAGAGAGAGACAGAGGGACAAAGAGAGAGACAGAGGGACAGAGAGAGAGACAGAGAGAGAGAGAGAGACAGAGGGACAGAGAGAGAGACAGAGGGACAGAGAGACAGAGGGAUAGAGAAGAGAGACAGAGGGACAGAGAGAGAGACAGAGAGAGAAAGACCGAGAGACAGAGGGACAGAGAUAGGGACAGA